AUGAGAUUCCACCGCUCAUUGAACAGCAGCAAAUGUCCAGAGGCGGUCUUGGAAAGGGCUAAGGGGCGGAGACACAACCAAAAGCUCAUCGGCGAGCUCUUUGAGCAAUGGUUGAGUGCCGGGGAAGACUGGAUGCAAAGCAGCAUAGUCGCAAAUUCAUGUAAAACCAUGGCACAGCGGAAACGAGGGCGCUACUGCAUGGUGGAUGUGAAAUCCUUGAAGAGCAAGUACGGGGCUGCACUGGGGAAACAACUCCGGGAUGAAAAAAAAACAAUGGAGGAGACCAAGAGUCCCGAAGAUCCGAUUGUAUAUUGGAUGCCUCACCCCGACAUUGCCAGUGAGGACUUCGAGCUCGUGCGUAUGUUCGAUUCGAUGAUCUACGAAGACGAGACCAAAGAUGAGAUGAUGGUUGGAAUCGAAGGUCAAGGUGCUCUCAGUUCGCAACAAACUCGCGAGGUGAUGCUUGCCACAAUGGGUGCCAACAUGGAGAAAUUCCAAGCUUCUGGUGUGGGCCUGGCUUCCAACGCCGCUGGCAAUGUGCCUCCGCAAAUGGCGGAACCAAAGCAGAAGCGGAAACCACCGAUCGCAAAGCAGGUUUCUUCCAAGAUUUCGAGUGCAUCAUCAAAAUUGACUGAGCUCAUGGCAUGGCGAGCAAAGGUGAAUGAUUGCUCUUCGCUGUCACCAAAUUUGUUGCAGGGUUUUGUCGCAGAGUUGGAUUCCAAGAAGAAGGCCAUCGAGGAUGCCAAAACGACCGUUGAAGACCUCUAUGCGGAAACAUUGGGUAAGACAGACAAGGAGAUCAAUGAGAACACUGACUUGGUUCAACGGGUCACCAAAAGCAUGGGUUCUGUUGAUGCUGCCUUUACCAGUUUCAAUGGCACAUUGAAAAGCAUCAAGGGUGCUCUAGAUACUCAACUGAACUGA